AUGAUCUGUGCCCUUGCUGGCUCGGCCCUGACUGGCGGUCGGCUGAGUGGUCGCUCGGGGAGAAGCGCUCCACCGCAGUGUUGUCGAUCGGUGUUCUACGGAUGGCUCAUCGCGCUCGUCUGCGGCUAUCAGUACUUUCUCUCCGGCCCUGGCCAGACCUACGGUGUCUCGCAGUUCCUUCCGGCCUACGGCCAGUCAUUUGGCCUCUCUGCAGCGCGGCUCUCGCUUUUGUAUGCCAUUGCCACCGCCGCCUCGGGCUUUACCCUGCCUAUCAUGGGCAGAGUCGUCGAUCGCAUGGGCGUCAAGCGGGCGUCGCUUCUGGUUGCGGUCGCCUUUGCCCUCGUCUGUGUCUUCAACGCCUCGCUGCUCUCGGGUGAGGUCACCAUGCUCCUUUCGUUCUACCUUCUGCGCUUCCUCGGCCAGGGCUCGAUGACCCUUCUGCCCAAGACCCUGCUCCCGCAGUGGUUUGUGGAGAAGCGCGGACGGGCCUUUGCCCUCGUCAACAUCGGCUCGUUUGGCGGCUCGACCGUCUUUCCGGUCGUCCUAACUGCGCUCAUCAGCGGGCUCGGCUGGCGCAAGACCUGGUUCAUCCUCGCCCUCAUCCUCCUUGCUACCUUUGUCCCGCUCGUGCUCUUUGUCGUUGUCGACGCGCCGGAGCACAUCGGCCUCCUCCCCGAUGGCGCCACCCUCUCCCACAACCGCACUCCGCCGCCGCUGGCGGACCAGGCCACAGCUGCGCUGCUGCGGGUCCGGCCGGGUGAGGAGCCUGAUUCCGAGUCGGACGACGACGAGCCCGAGUACCUCGUCCCGCCCGGCUUUGAGAUCUCGUGGACGCGUGCCCAGGCCAUGCAGACCCGGACCUUCUACUUGCUACUCGCCUGCAACGCCCAACGUGCUGCUGUCAACACCGCCAUCACCUUUUUCCUGCACCCAAUGCUCACCCGCCGCGGCAUGACUGACAUCCAGGCGGCGCUGGUGCUCUCGGUGCAGGCCGCGGUCGGCUUUCCCAUGACCCUUGUCGCCGGCGUCCUCGCCGACCGGGUUCCGCUCCGGUACAUCCUCUCGGCCACAUACCUGACCCAGGCCCUGUUCCUCACCGUCAUGGCCUAUGCGUCUACCGUCGGUCUCGCCGUUGUCGCCGCCGUCCUCUGGGGCAUUGCCGGUGGCCUGGAGCAGAUCGGGUUCAACGUAGUCUGGCCCAACUACUACGGCCGCAAGCACGUCGGCGGCAUCGUCUCCAUCUCCAUCUCGGUCAUGGUGCUAGGCUCGGCCAUCGGCCCGCUGGCUUUUGCGCUCCUCCGCGACUCGGUCGGCUCCUACCGUGACGCCAUCCUAUACAUCGUGCCUCUUGCUCUCGUUUGCUCCGCCCUGGCCUACGGUGCAGCCAAACCCCGCAUCCGCGACUCGGGCCUCGCCCCGCUCGACUUUUACGAUGACGACCUGGUCAUGCGCAACCCGGCGCGCCAGUCGCUGCUCCCACUCACCCGUCCGCCACUCGUUGCCACCGACGACUCGCUGGAGGAGGUCGACUAG